AUGUUCAGCUUCCAGUCUCAUGCCAACCGCCUAGCCUCGCUUACUGACGAUGUUAUCAAGGAGAAGAAUACGAAAUUUAGGGGGGUCGUCAAGGUUUCGAUCGAGGAUCUUGUGUUUGCACCAGAGUUUAUGCCUUGUGAUCAGAAUACCAGUGCUGCGAAAGUUUUACGACUGAAGAGGAUCUUCAAGACGGAAGGCUGUAACCGUAGUGAGCCUUCUAACUUCAUAUUAGGCACUAUUCCAGCAAGCCUUCUAUCGGAAGCUCUACGCCUGUCAGGGCUGACACUGGAUAAUCUCCAAGACUCAGAAGGACUGCGAAUGCUUUACCUUCCACGCUUUCAAUAUAUAAAGUGCGCCAACGGUAGGAGUCGAGCCGCAGCACUGCUUGAUACACCACAUCUUGGUACAUGGUGGACUGUUGACCUCUACGUAGGCCAUCUCAAGAUCUGGAUCCAAAAGCUUUCGACAUUAUUACGGAGAAUUACAUUAAUGAGGGUGCAUUCUCCCAUGGACACAUAUGUGAGAGAAUUGUCCACCAUCGCUCUCACAAUCUAA